AUGAAGGUGUUUAGUGGAGUUUUCCUCAUCUUUAUCGUGGCGAGCGAAGCUGUUUUGUGUCAGAACAGUCGGGAGUAUAAAAUAACACAAGCUGAAAGCAAAAGUGUUUUUCAGUUGAUGUAUGGAGAGAAUAGACGAGAGGGAGAAGUUGGGUGUGGACUUGGGAAGAGACUAGCGAAUUGGUUACACAUUGAAAACAAGACAAAACAAAUAGUAAAAGUAUUAUUGAGAUACUAUUCGAUAGAAAGAAAUAAUAAGAAGGUGCCCCUUCACGUUUCCGUCAAUGAGAAAUGCCCGAGUGGGACACAAACACAUUGCAUUGGUAACUUCACACAAAUUGAACCGAAAGUCGGGUUCAUGGUAUUGCCAGGACAGUCGGUGUAUAUCGCGUCGUUUGCUAAUGAUAAACGAGAGACUUUUGUCACGACGGAAUGGAUCCAAAUCAAAACAAAACCAACGAAAAAUACUAUAGGGAAGUCGAAGAUCACUUUAUUGGACUUGGACACAAUAGAAGUGAUGUCCGCUAACACGGAAAACUACUUAAAACACUUGGACAAAGAAAUCGAUCAAUUUGCUGCUAUUCCUCAAGUGGAGAGGCUUCCAGAGAGUGCUUUACAACGCGCAGAAACAAGUCGAGUGAAUGAACCAAUUCAGUUGAAUAUCACACAACAGAAGAAAGUGCGGAAAAUGAAUCAACACGUCCAUCUUUUGAAUGAAUCAACACCUCAAAAACAAAGCAACACUGACACUUCAAAGACAAAGAAAGUGACGCUUAAAACCGCUUCAGAAUAG